AUGAAACCCCAUCUUAGUUCAGCUAAAGGUUCGUUAGACAAGCGAAAAUCCGUAUGGCGGAAGCGGUUUCUGACCUUUCUGACUGAUACUCUUGUCGAUGAAGAAGAACAAAAGACAUAUGACGACAAAAGUAAAACGCGAUUUGAAGUUGCAACUUUUCUGAUUCAACAGGGGUAUGGAGUGUCGUUCCCUAGGGUGUCGUUCCCCAGUGUGACAGUUGUGGGGUGUCGUUCCCCUAGAAAGCUCGAGAGUUAUAAACACCCACCUGAAGCUACGAGCUUUUGGGAAAAUUUCGAGUUAGAAAGACAGCUGACGAUAAAGGAGAUCGACGCAUUAAAUGUGCUUGAUGCUUCUCGUAGUCAAAAAAGCAACGAAUAUAUUGGUAAAGUUAAUUCACGCGCAGAAUCUGCAGAUACAUCAUCUGGAAAAAAGCGUAAAAAAAAAUCUAUCCCUCUCGAAAAAGCGUUUUUUAAUUAUUACUUCUUAUAUCUACAGAAUAAACAAUCGGUCGACUCGGCUGUUUUAAAAAAGGCCAAAACCAUCAGCGGGGAUGUGGAGGAUGAUGAACCAUUCAUAAACAAUAAUAGAGCCGAAGGAACUAUACAUUCGAAAGCUACACCAUCAUCAUUAGGUUCACAAUCCUUGGAGAUGUCAAUUGGAGCUACGGAAAUUACUAGUGGUACAAACGAUGAUAAUAGUUUCGGGUGUGAUAUACCACGUACUUCGCCUCUUCAAAUUCACUCUGCAUCUGAAAAUCAAGACUUAAACAAUUAA